AUGGAUUGUCCGGGAGUCACGGCGGAGUUCUGCGGGGUUCAGGAUCCUGCAGCGGAGGACAAUAGAAAUCGAAACGAAGACGAUGAAGACGGGGAGGAGACGGGCGACGAUUUCGAGCUGCACGACGGGCCGAUUAACAAUGACGGCGGAGGCAUCUCAGCGGGAGGGCCCGGGUGGGAGGCGUUCCUACCGCAGGGUAGUCUGAGGGUUUUGCUGUGUUCUUCCCUUCCCCUCAACUCCCCCGCCUCCUCCCGGCUUUCUUCUUUCUCCCCGCGCCCUCUCCUGUUCCCAACAGUCACACCCGCGUCCAACGGCGUGCACGCGUGGGAGCUGCUGACGGCGAGCGGUGCAGCUCGGUUCGACCUGGUCCUGACGGAUGUGGUGAUGCCGGGGCUGUCGGGCAUCGGGCUGCUCACGCGCAUCAUGACGCGCGAGGCGCUUCGCGGCAUGCCCGUCAUCAUGAUGUCGUCGCACGACAGCAUGGAGAUGGUGCUAAAGUGCUUCCAGAAGGGCGCGGCGGACUUCCUGGUGAAGCCCGUGCGUAAGAACGAGCUCAAGAACCUCUGGCAGCACGUCUGGCGCCGAUGCCACUCGUCGACAGGCAGCGGCAGUGGCAGCGGCAGCGGCACGAACGGCAAGGUUCUUCGAGAGAAGCGGGGCGCGUACGAGGGCGACGGAGUGGGGUGCAGCUUCAACGUGAACGGCGGCAGCGACAACGGCAGUGGCACUCAGGUUCGUAUCGGCCCCCGUGCUGCUGCUGGGAACGAUGCUGCGAGUGAUGCUGGGAGGGAUAGCGAGAGGGAUUCUGAGAAGGAUGCUGGCAGUCGUCUGCCCUCUACCACCAAUGCUUGCUCUCCCCUUCCCCCUUCCCUCCCCUUCUCCCCGCACCCCUUCCACCGCGCCCCCCCACGCCCAUUCCCCCCCACCCGAUUCGCCCCCCCUCUGUUUUUCCCGCUCUCGUUCCUUCUGCUCGCGCUCGUUUGCGCCGUCAUUCUGAUCUCGCGUGAGGCGGCGCUGCAGAUCGGCAACGAGAGCGAGGAGGGUGCGACGCCGCGCGCGGAGGAGGACCGCGAGAACGAGGGCACGUCCGCCGAGUCCACGCGCGAGGCUUCCGCGGAAGCCAUGCUGCUGGGGGGGCUCACGCUCGCGGGGAAAGCCGCCGCGGCGGACGCCGCCGCGGGUACGGGCGCGGGUGCGGCUGGUGGCGGACCUUUUGGACCUUUCGCUCCCGGUCCUGCAGGAGAAGGGGCUCCGAACCUAGGGACUGAUAGGCUUGGUGGUGUCGGGAGCGGUGCUGUGCGGUGGGGGAGAGGGGGAGGAGGGAGGGGGAGAGGCAAGGGGGUGGCGGAAAAGGUGAUGCCCGGGGAGGCGGAGAUACGGGACGACGGGGGCGGCGGGGCGGCGCGGAGGGUGGCGGAUAGGGAUGGCGCCGCGUGCACGGGGCCCAGCAGGAGAGUGACAGAGGGCCGGAUAAAUCUCGAGACGACGCAAGAAGGGCGCGCAGGGGAGGAUGUGGAAAUGGGGGAGGGGGACGAGGAGGAAAGGGGUGUUAGAGAAGGAGGAGAGGGAAGGGAGGAGGAGGGUAUGGAGGUGGAAGGGGGCGAGGAGGGGCGGAGGGGCGAGGGGAAGGAAGCAGGGACGGGAGGUGUCGGAACGGCUGGGAAGGAACAGAGGAUGCAGCAUCAGGCGGCGCAGCAUCAGCACCAGGCGUCGGGCAACGUCUCCUCCGCUCUCACAGCGUCGCAAGGCGCGGUUGCCGCUGGCGCGCAUGGGAAGGGCGCGAAAGCGGCGCACGUGGCACACGCCAAGGCGCCUGGGGCGCACGGGGGAAAAGGGGUGCAAACAGGCAGGGUCGUUGGCUUCUGUGAGGCCGUGACGGGAGGCCUCGUGCAGAAAGACGCGCGUGCGUUUCCCCCCAUGCUGGGCGCAAUGGACGCUGGCGCUGCUGCUGUCCGCGUGGGUCACGUGGUGGCGGGGCAACCGCAGCAGCAGGUGCUGUGCAAGCCGUGCAAGCCGCCCCCUGUUGCUGCUACUGCCACCACUGCUGCUGCCGCGGGGAAAGGCGAUGCUGCCUGCGUCGGAACGCCUGGCGCGCUCUCCCAUUCCCCCGCGGAUGCGCGGGGCGGGGGGCUGCUGCUCAGCACGUCGGGAUGCCCUGGGGGGAGAGAGGGCGGGGGAAGCGGCGGAGGGGGAAGCGGAGGUGGGGGAAGCGGGGGAGGAGGGAGCGGGGGAGGGGGAAGUGGGGGAGGCGGGAGUGGGGGCGGAAGCAGAGGGGACGGGGGUAGUGGUGGAGGAGGCAGUGGGGGGAACGGAAGCGGUGGUGGGGGGAAUGGCAGCGGCGGCAACGGGAGUGGGGGAAAUGGCAGUGGGGGGAAUGGCAGUGGUGAGAACGGAAGUGGGGGGAAUGGGAGGACGGAUCGGUCUGGUGCAGGUGGGGAGUUGACAGAGGCAACAGCAGCGUCAGUGACGGGAGGUAUAGCUGGGGGAGGUCACAUGCACCGCAAUGGCAGCACCUCGGCUGUCACUCGUCUCCCUCUUGCCCCCGCCGCCCCAACCGCCCCUGCUGCCCCUACUGCUCCGGUUGCCCCUGCUGCCGUCCGUGUUGCUCCAACUGCCCCUGCUGCACCCGUUGCUGCUUCUCCUGCAGCUUCAUCCCCUGUGGUUCCUACCGUUCCCUUCGCCUCUUCUGCUGUUGCUCCAACUGCUGCUCCUACUGCGGCAACCACAGCGGCAGCAGCAGCUGCGGGUUUGUUUGCACGCCCGUUCAACCCCAGUCUUGCAGCGUCAGGGCUCCGCACUCCCCCACUCGGUCUCCCUCGCCCCCAUCCCCACGCGCUCGCGCACCCCCACCCGCACCCGCCCCCGCACUUCGCGCUCCAGCCUCGCGUUCCCCCGACCCUGCCGCAAGUUUCGCCACAAGGGCAGGGUGGGUCUCGAAGGGAGGAACAAGACGAGUUGAAACCAGGAGCGCAGCAGCAACAGGAGCAGCAAGAGCAGCAGGAGAUGCAGGAGGAGCAGAAGCUAGAGCAGGGCGAAAAGCAACGGCAGGAGCGAAAAGAGCGGCAAAAACAAGAGCAGCGGCCACAACAACAACAAGGCCAAACGCUGUGCCCUCGUGCUCUCACCCUUCCAAACGCAGAAAUGGCCGAAGCUGCAAACGGCACAGCAACCAACGCAACCGUAGCUUUCGUUGCCGCGGCUACACACAACACAGAUGCAGCCGCACCAAGAGAAGCAGCUGGAGACUCCCCACCGCUGCCGGCAGCACAGCAGCCGCGGCGGCGCCACCAGACCCACCACCACCUGGCGAAACACCUGCUGCCGCCCCCUCCGCCGCUCCCUGUCGCCGGUUCCUCCCCGGGUUUGAGACCGCAGGACGCAAGGAGAGAAGGGAGAAGAGACGAUAAGGAUGAAGGGGCGAGGAGAGGAAAGGAGGAGGAAGAGCGGAGAAUGGACUCGGAUGGUGCAGCGGCGGGUGAGGGAAUGCGGGAUAGGCGAGAGGACAGGGAAGGGAAGGAGGCGCAGCAGGUAGUGGCGGAAGGAGGGAAAGGGAAGGACUCGGAGAUUGCUCGUCUGGAAAGCAAGACUCCUCCGUCGCCCAGGGCGACAGGGCAGCCGGUGAAAGCGGUGCAGCAGGAGAGCCAUGGCAAGGUGCGUGUGUCAUCUACAGAAGCUCUGCACUGGGUGGAAGAGUCCAAGGCGCUGCUGCAGGAGCAGGUGCAGCAGGGGCAGCAGGGGCAGCAAGGGCAUAGGCAGCAUCACCACCACCACCACCGGGACCAGCGGCACCACCACCACCGCCACCACCAUCGCGGGCACUCCCACCCGUCUUUGCAGCAGCAGCAUAGUGUCAGUGUCAUGUCGCCUGCUAACCCUGGCGCCGCUGCUGCCGCCGCCGCUGCCGCUGCUGCUGGUGCUGAUGCGGCAGCAGCAGCUGCUGCAGAGGAUGCGAAGGUGAAUGCGAACGCAAGUGGCAGUCCGGAGGGGGGAGGUUCCAACCCUCACAAUGCUGCUGCUGCAGUAGCAGGGGCAGCAGGCGCAGCAGCAGCAGCGGGCGCAGGUCCGGUUGCUCUUUCAGGGCACCACCGAGCCUCGGCCGCAGCUGCGGCUGCCGUGCCUCGAGGCGAGGUUGGGAACGACGGGAGCAGCAACGUGUAUGCGAAGGGCGGCGGUGGCGGCGGCGGUGGUGGCUGCGGCGGCGGCGGAGGGGGAAGGAACGCGCGCGAAGGGGUUAACAACAGCAGCAGCAGUGGCGGGAACGGCAAUGGGGAUGGGAAUGGAAGCUCGGAGUAUAAUGAGAGUGGGGACACGGGGAGAGACAUGGCGGGGAGCGCGCGCGCAGGGAGUGGCGGGCGGAGUGGCAGCGGGCAAGGAUCGGGUGGAGGGGGAAGCGGACAGGGGAGUGGGGGAGGCAGCGGAGGCGGGAGGGGAAGCGGGGGCAGCGGAGGCAGUGGGGGGAGUAAGCGCGGGGAUGCAAGCGCGAAUGGGGCGCAUGAGUGGAGCAGAACGGGGGGAGGCGCGGGGGGCGGUGGGGGGAUACAGGCGCUGUUGUCUUGCGCCAAUGGCAGUGCGGUGGGGUCCAAGGACCAGGCGCAUGACACUGCGGGCAUGACAGGCGCGGGCGGACGCUUCCAGUCCCCACAACGGGGGAACGGUGAAGGGGGCAGUGGCGGGGAGGGAGGUACUGGCGCGGGGAAUGGUAUUGAGGGGAUGGGGAGUGGAGGAGAAGGCGGAACAGGGGGCAGGGGAGGGGAAGGCAGUGGGGGGGAUGGUGGGGGGAGUGGAAACGGAGGGGGUUCGGGGAGGGGAAGUGGUGGGGGAGAGGGGAGUGGGGGGGAGGGUAGCGGAGGGGAAGGGGGGACUGGGGGGCAGGCAAUGGGGAUGGGAGGCGGGGGGGCGGAGGAGGGGAGGCGGCAGUCAGGGGGGCAGUCAGUGAGGCGCGAGGGGAAUGCCAUGGGCGGAGAUGGCGGAGAGGGGGGCAGGGAUGGCGGAGAGAGGAACAGGGAUGGUACCGUUCCCGCCUCUGCCACAGCUGCUGCAGGCGCUGGUGCUAACGGGGAGGCUCAAAGGGGGUUGGAUGGGAUGAGGGAGAGAGGGAGGGGGAGUGCGUCAGAAGCAACAGAGGCGUUAGAUGUGGCAGCGAGGGAUUUGAGAGGAGAGGGAAGCGGUGGCGAGGCAGAGGGGGCGGAGGGCAGUGUUGGGCGAGAGGACGGUGGUGCUGCGUGUGCGGGUGGUGUUGGUGGUGCCGUGGGUGGUGCUGUGGGUGUGGUGGGACGGAAACGAGGCAGAGAGGAGGAGGCAGCGGGUGAGGACAUGGCAGGGAUGGGUGGACGAGAGGGGGGAGGCAAGAGCAGCAAGAGACGCGAGUGGCUCACUGAGGGGAUAGGGGCAGCUGGAGAGGUGCAGCGGAUACAGGCGCAACAGCAACAACAAGGCCAAGCGGAAGAGGAGGAGGAGGAGGGGCGAGAGGGUGCGGAUGUGCACAUGAGAGAGGGUUUUGAGGAGAAGCGGCAGGAGGAGGAUGGGGAGGAGACAGAGGAUGAGAGGGAAGUGGAGGAUGGUGGCGAGGAGCGUGGGGAAGGUGGGAGGGAGGAGGCGGGGCAGGAGGAGGGUGCAGCAGGGCUGCUGUCUCUAUCUGCCUCUCUCUCUGCACCCGCCACCACGCCUUUCCCUGCACCUCCCGCCAUCGCACCUACUGCUGCCGCUGCUGUUGCCGCCGCUGCUGCUGCUGUUGAAGGUCGCGGAGGAGAGGCGGUAGAAGGGGCUGAUGGGGGAGGGGAGCAAGCAGCGCGAGGGGCGGAAGGGGUGGAAGGUGCAUACAGUGCAGAGGGAGCAAGAGGUGGGGAAGGGGCUGGCAGUGCAGACGGGGCGGAGGGCAGUGGCAGGGUGAUGAGUCGGCAGGCGGUGCGAGAGGCGGCACUUAAUAAGUUCCGGCUGAAGCGCAAAGAGAGGAACUUCGAGAAGAAGGUGCGUCCGUAUUCUUGA